UGCUCCCGAGGAAUCCAGCCCUGCUUGCGUUUUACGAGGAAAGAUUUCACUCGUACACAUAACACAGAUCAUUUUCAAAUAACUUGCAUAGGUAACAUUGGAUUUGAGAUAUUUUUUAUUGUAUAUCUUUUUGAUUGGACAAAGGAAGGAUAAUCCUCGGGAUAGACGCAUACAGCCUAAAGGCAAACGUCAGUCGGUCAAGGUCUAAUCUCCAGAUGUGUUUGUAACAUUACGCAUUUGUUUCUUUCUCAUUUUGAAUCUGCACGUUUUAAAGGAAGUCACUUUUUUCAGGUGUGUUGAAGUGCAUGUUUUUGAAAGCCAACAUGGCAAAUCUCCGAGUGUGGAUGCGAAUUUUGCCUUUAUAUAUUUGACGGGACUUCGAUCUGUGGAUUUUGAGUCCAAGACAGCAGAUAUGUAGAGCGGCAGACCGCUGCAAAGACUAAAACAUUGAAGAUUUAUGAGAAAAUACACGGGAGGAAACCUACAAACACGUAACACACAUGAAGAAGGAAGAAUCGUACGCCUGCUGAGAAGCUCUUUGACCUCUUGCAUUUUUAUCAUUUUUGUCUUCAGCGUGUCCUAAACCCAAGUUAAUCAUUUAGUGGACUCUUAUUUAUCCAAAAGGCUGAUAUUGAGUGUUCAGCGCUUCAUUAGCCACCAUGUCGGCGGUGAUGAUUGCACGGAAGGUCCGAAAAUGGGAGAAAUUACCUGGGAAGAACACGUUCUGCUGCGAUGGACGGGUUAUGAUGGCGCGACAGAAAGGAGUAUUUUACCUGACCUUAUUUCUCAUCAUUGGGACCUGCUCUCUCUUCUUCGGCUUUGAAUGCCCGUACCUGGCCGUGCACCUGUCUCCUGCCAUCCCUGUGUUUGCAGUGUUGCUGUUUCUCUUCGUGAUGGCCAUGCUGCUAAAAACCAGCUUCAGUGACCCUGGGGUGCUGCCGCGGGCGCUUCCGGAGGAGGCCAGCUUCAUUGAGAUGGAGAUCGAAGCGGCCAAUGGGAACGUCCUGGCCGGCCAGCGGCCUCCCCCUCGCAUCAGGAAUGUACAAAUCAACAAUCAGAUAGUCAAACUGAAGUACUGCUACACCUGCAAGAUAUUCAGACCCCCUCGUGCUUCCCACUGCAGCAUCUGUGACAACUGUGUCGAUCGCUUCGACCAUCACUGUCCAUGGGUCGGAAACUGUGUAGGCAAAAGGAAUUACAGAUAUUUCUACUUGUUCACACUCUCCCUGUCUCUGCUCACCAUCUAUAUCUUCGCCUUUGACAUCGUCCAUGUGGUUCUGCGUUCCGUGCACUCAGGAUUUGUGAAUACUCUUAAGGAAACACCUGGAACUGUGCUGGAGGUUCUUGUCUGUUUCUUUACCCUCUGGUCCGUAGUGGGACUGACUGGUUUCCACACCUACUUGAUCUCCCUCAACCAGACAACCAAUGAGGAUAUCAAAGGCUCGUGGUCAGGAAAGAACCGUGUCCAGAACCCUUACAGUCACAAGCACAUCAUCAAGAACUGCUGUGAGGUUCUGUGUGGACCUACUUACCCCAGUGUGUUGGACAGAAGAGGGGUCAUGAUCGAAGACCCAUCUAGCCCCGCCCCCUCUGAUGCAUCUACUGCUCCUACAACUAAAACCAGCCCUCCUGCACCACAAACCACAAAAUCCACAGCUCCCCUGAUUCCCAACGAACACACACCCGACGAAGCCAAACCUAGCAUUGGUGCAGGCACCCAGAAAACCAAUUCCCCAAAAGAAGAGAAACCUCCCUCGUCCAGUAAUCCGCACCCAUCGUCCCCUAACGCCGUCGCUCCUACGGUCAUCAAAGAAUCUGCCCACUAGCGUGAGCAGUGUUUUUCCCAGCAGUGACUUCCCGAACCUCUCAAUGUGCAUAACACACAGAAAAACAGUCCAUGUACCGCUGGGCUUUUUGACUCUGAUGUGCAGAUCCCUCUGCCUGGAUCCUACUCAAACACUCCAAAAUCUAGAGGUCUUGAUUCUCUCCUCUGUAAAUCACAGCAUGACAUAACUCACAACGAGAAGUAUGUAGAGCCAUAGACUGACAAUGGACAGCCCAGAGGACUGAUGAGAAAAUUCCUUGGCUCAAUGAGCUUGUGAAAUGUCUUUUUUUCAGUGUCAUUACCUGUUCCUGAAUAGCCUGCUUCUUUUAUUCCUUCGAACCAUUCGUGUACCCUGUGAAACACACAUUUACAGCUUCCGUAAUAGAUAUUUUUGUGUUUUCAAAGUGGAAAGGAAAGUGCUUUAGCCAUAGCUUCUGCUGCAGUUAAAAUGACAUUAUGCUUUUAUCUCAUGAUGGAUCGAUCAUACAGAUCAGCUCAGAGUUGUACAGUCGGAGUGGAUGGUGGAAGCUGUGCGUGUACGUUUGUUGUGUGUCAGUGAGAACAGGCCGAGCUGCUGUUGACAGACAUCAGUAUGAGUGCCUUAUCUACAGUAUGCUGUCCUAUAACAUACAACCAAGACCAUCUGCAAACCUACAUGUCCUAAUGUUACUCACACAAUUUUAUACAACAUUGAUGUAUCACAGAAAGCAAAAAAGCCAUCGAGUAAAUGUACAUACUUUAAAAAUGGAAACACUUAUAUGUAGAAAAAAAUGCCUGCAUUAUCAACGGUGUGAUUUCUAUCAUCUUACCUCCGUGUGUUGUAAUUUAUUUGAAAUCUCGCAGCCAUCUUUGACAUUCCAGCAUCAUACAAAUGCUCAAGUCAUUCCUUUCUUUUCUGUCUUCUCAGAUUGAGUGAGAUAUUACUCAUAUGACAACAGAAAAGGGUGUUUCCGUGGGCAGAACAAAUGACAGAUUAAGUUGACUUUUAACAUGAAGGUUUUAAAUGCACACCUGAAAACCCACCAACCAACUUCAUUGAUGACAUGUGGAUUCAGAUUCAGUAUUCUUUUCACUUUUUAAGAUAGGAAAACUUGCCCCAGUGUUUGUUUAUUAGAAUACACCUUUAUUGGUCACCUUUAUUAAUCUCACCGUGGUACAUUCAUGACCACACAUAAGGGAACACAGACAUCGGGAAGCUACGGACUCGUGCGUUUACGCAGAUUUCACAGGCCUUUAUAAACAAACACACGUUUUUGUGUUUCAGAUGAGUAGAUUUGGCAGUAUUGUGGGAAGAUAGGGAUUUUGUUUAAAACAGACAGUCUGAUGUCAUCCAGCAGUGUAUAAACUGGAAUGCUUGUGAUAUAGUUUAACUGUUAGAUCAUGUCGUUCUGAUGUUAAGGGUACAAAUCUUUUAUUGCAGAAGAUGUAACACUAAUUUUUAAGCUAACACUAGUCCCUCAGAAUGUGCUUCUGUCAGAUCAUUUUUCAGUUGAUUUUUUUUUGUAUUUUUGUGUGAACAGUUGUGAUGAUGAUCGAUUACAAUGUAACUGUAACUGUAUGAAGGAUGUGAAUAUUCAUUUGAUAGGCUGAAGGUAUUACUAACAUAUGUUAAUGUACUUUGUUGUACUGAAUGAAUCCCAACUUGUUUUUUUAACUUUGACGUGCAAUUACGGUACAGCCAAUGUGCUGAUUUACCUAUUGAGACGCAACAAAAUCAAAACUUUUAAUGCCAAGUCCGUGUAGAGCUGUGUAGGUUUGGAAUAUUAGCAAAUGAUGGUCUGCUCUAUAGCUAUUUACAAUGCAUAAUGUAUACGUUAUAAACCAUCACAAAUGAUGUUCACUUUGCUUGGCAACGACACUGUGAUCAUGUAUCUCAUACGCUUCACUUUCUACUUUAUGAAUUUGUAUGUAUGUGUAUGUUCAUUAAAUUAUAUAUGGUA